AUGGUGCGUCUGAGGGAAAUCCCAAGGACGGCCACCUUCGCCUGGUCCCCUGGCGCCGCAUCACCAUUGAUCGCAACCGGAACCCGCGCUGGAGCUGUCGAUGCCGACUUCUCCAACAAGACAUGCCUCGAGCUUUGGGAUCUAGGGCUCGACCGCGAAGAUGCGAGCGAAGAGCUGCAGCCUCUAGCUAAGAUCGAUACGGACUCUGGCUUCAACGACCUGGCCUGGACUACAUCCGAAGAUAGCAAACGGGGUGUGGUUGCGGGUGGUUUAGAGAACGGCUCAUUAGACUUGUGGGACGCUGAUAAGCUCCUUGCUGGAUCUAGUGAUGCUCUGAUCUCAAGGACCACUAAGCACAGCGGCGCAAUUAAAGCACUCCAGUUCAACCCCAAACACCCGAACCUUCUCGCAACCAGUGGCGCAAAGGGAGAGCUUUUUAUUUGGGACCUGAACGAUAUCGAAAACCCCUACCGAUUGGGCAACAAUGCGGCCCGCACAGACGAUAUCGAUUGUUUGGCAUGGAACAAGAAGGUUCCUCACAUCCUGGUUACCGGUAGCAGUGCCGGGUUUGUCACGGUUUGGGAUGUCAAGACGAAAAAGGAGAGCCUGACAUUGAACAACAAGGGCCGGAAACCUGUCAGCGCAGUCGCAUGGGACCCCGCCCGGCCCACCAAGCUCAUCACAUCCACACCUCACGAAUCAGACCCUGUGCUCUAUGUUUGGGACCUCCGCAACUCCCACGAGCCGGAGCGGAUAUUGUCAGGCCAUGAGUCAGGCGUGCUUUCGCUUUCUUGGUGUGACCAUGACCCGGAUCUCCUUCUGUCAUCCGGUAAAGAUAACCGCAACAUUUGCUGGAACCCACAAACCGGUCAAGCGUAUGGAGAGUUCCCAGUUGUCACCAACUGGACUUUCCAGACCCGCUGGAACCCCCACAACCCCAAUUUCUUUGCCACAGCGUCCUUCGACGGGAAGAUCUGUAUCCAGACUCUGCAGAACACCAAAACCGACAAUGCUCAGGCUAUUGCGGAUCACAACCAGGCCUUAGAUGGCGAAGACUUCUUUGCCAAGGCACAGACGCAGCCCCAGGUCUCCAAAUUUUCCCUUCCUAAAGCCCCUCGCUGGCUUGAACGGCCUUGUGGUGUCACGUUUGGCUUCGGAGGCCGGGUCGUCUCUUUCAGCACUGGAAAGGACUCUCGUGUGUCCAAGAUCAAGAUCACACCCUUCGAGGUCGAUGAGAGUGUUGGCAAUGCCACUGAGAGCUUCGAGACCGCCCUGAAAGAGGGUGAUAUCCGCUCUCUGUGUGAGGCUAGAGCCUCGAAUGCUUCCACCGAGGCCGAAAAGGCCGACUGGAAGGUUAUGCAAGCUUUGAUCUCCCAAAGCCCGCGCAAGGACUUGGUAGAAUACCUCGGGUUCAAUGAUCAGGCCGAUGAGGCCGCCGACAGCUUGUCUAAGCUCGGCUUGGACAAGAAGGAAGGAGAUGAGUCUAGUGUUGCGGCUUCCAAACCGGCCGGUGCUAAGAAGCACAAGCGUCUGCAAUCCAUGUUCGAUCCUAACCCUGAGGGUGAUAGCUUCCUUUCAGAACUCGCUGCCUCCAAGGGUGCUCAAAACAACAACCCAUUCCAGAUUUUCAAUGGCUCCGAGAGCGAAGCAGAGAAACAAAUCACUCGCUCCUUGCUCCUUGGCGAAUUUGAAAAGGCUCUGGAUGUCGCCAUUCGCGAGGAUAAGAUGGCGGAUGCUUUCAUGAUUGCCAUCUGCGGUGGCCCGAAGUGCGUGGAGAAGGCACAGGAAUACUACUUCUCUAAGCAAACGGGUGGACCGAACUACAUGCGCUUGCUUGCGUCAAUUGUGGGCAAGAACCUCUGGGAUGUGGUCCACAACGCCGACCUGUCCAACUGGAAGGAGGUCAUGGCUGCCUUGUGUACUUUUGCCGACGAGAAAGAAUUCCCCGACCUCUGCGAUGCCCUUGGCGACCGCCUGCAAGAGCAAAUCCAGAUCAGUGGCGAUAAGAGCGCCCGAAAGGAUGCCUCUUUCUGCUUCCUGGCAGGCUCCAAGCUCGAGAAGGUUGUCGCCAUCUGGGUUGAGGAGCUCCGCGAGAACGAGCAAAAAGUUAUUGAAAGCAAUGCGGACAACUCUUCUUUCUCUGUCCACGUUCGUGCUUUGCAAGGCUUGAUUGAGAAGGUUACCAUCUUCCGCCAAGUUACGAAGUUCCAAGAUACUGAGCGCACCAAGGACUCGGAAUGGACCUUGAGUGUUCUGUACGACAAGUACGUCGAGUAUGCCGAUGUUGUCGCCGGCCAUGGACGUCUGCAAAUUGCUCAGAAGUAUCUCGACCUUGUUCCCGAGAAGUACCCGGAAGCCGAGUUGGCUCGCAACCGCAUCAAGUUUGCCACUCGUCAAGCACCUCAAAAGCCGCUGGGCGGUACUGCAAGCAAGGCUGCUUUCAAGGCACUUCCGCAACAGCCGAAUACCUAUCAACCGGCAUCAACAUUUACUCCUGCGGCUGCUACACCCCCUGUUGCUCCUCUCAACGCUUACGGGUCGCCUGCUCACCAGCAGGCUAAUCCCUAUGGCCCUCCUCCAACCGCAAAUUCGCUAGCCCAACCCCCCAACCCCUACGCUUCCAUCCCCAGUGGCGGGGCCUACAAUCCGGGGUCUGGAUACCAGCCAACGCAGGGUAUGAGAGCUCCCGGCUACGCCCAACCUUCUGCAUUUGGCGCACAGCCCGCUGGUGCAGGCGUACCUCCCCCUCCUCGUGCUUCUGCCAAUCAAUCGCCGGCUAAAAACAUCACUACCUACACCACGGCCACUGGUCUUCCUGCCUGGAACGAUUUGCCAGAAGGGUUCGCCAAGGCCCCCACCCCUCGCCGUUCUACUCCAGCUGCCGCGACAGGGACUAUCGCUUCCCCGUUCCCUAGUCAGUCCCCGACCCUACCACAAGCACCUCCCCAGGCCAGCGGUCCCCGAGCACCAUCCGUACCUCCCCCGCCAAAGGCGGGCAGUGUGCCUCCACCGCGCAUGAUGUCGCCAGCAUCUGGUAGCCCGGGUAUUUCUAGCAUCCCUGGACCUUCCCCACCGCCGCCGGCCAACCCAUACGCAUCUCUUCCCCAGUCACCACCGUUGGUUUCGGGAUCAACCAUGGCCCCUCCGGCGUCGAUCCCCCGCGGAGCAUCGCCCUACAACGCCCCUCCCAAUAUGCCGCCUCCAACCAACCGGUAUACGCCGAGCCCGGCUCCCCAGUCCGCUGCCAACCCGCCAGUCCAGGCCCGUGGACCGGUGCCUCCCCCUCCCCAGGCCUCUGCCUCGCCAUAUGCCCCGCAGGCGGUAUCACAGCCCCCAGCGAACCCUUAUGCACCCACCACCCCUAUCGCCACGCAGCCCCCGCCUAUGGCCCAAGCUGUUGCCCCUCCACCUCAAGGACCUCGGCCUGGCUCAGCCCAGUUGCAUAGGCCGACUCCCCCUGCUCCUAAAUACCCCCCCGGUGACCGUUCCCACAUCCCGGCAAACGCACAGCCUAUCUUCGAGAUUCUCUCUGCAGACAUGGAGCGUGUCAAGCUCCGAGCCCCCGCAGCCUUCAAGCAGCAAGUUGAUGACGCCGAGCGUCGCCUGAGCAUUCUCUUUGACCACCUCAACAAUGAGGAUCUGCUCAAACCCAACACCGUCGAGGACAUGGCGAACCUAGCCCGCGCAAUCCAAAACCGUGAUUAUGCUACCGCUACCUCCAUUCAUCUCGAGGUCAUGACCAACAGGACUGACGAAUGUGGCAACUGGAUGGUUGGUGUGAAGCGUCUCAUUAGCAUGAGCCGUGCUACCCCAUAA